AUGGUCUACGACUUCUGUUUUGAUGAAUUCGAUGAAAAGAUCGGAAACCAGCUUUCAGAGGAAUCAAAGAUGAUGUCUAGUGAUGGGUUUUCAUCAUCUCCUUCUUCUCUUUCUGCUUUCAUCCAAGACCCCAUCACAAACCCUAACCCUAAUUCUACAACUUCAGCUAAACGAAAACGUAAUCUCCCUGGUACACCAGAUCCAGAUGCAGAAGUAGUAGCCUUAUCUCCGACAUCUCUGAUGGCCACAAAUCGGUUUCUAUGUGAGAUAUGUAACAAAGGUUUUCAAAGAGAUCAGAAUUUGCAGCUUCAUCGCAGAGGACACAAUCUGCCAUGGAAGCUUAAGCAAAGAAACAAGCUGGAAGUGGUGAAAAAGAAGGUUUACAUCUGCCCGGAGAAAACCUGUGUUCAUCAUGACCCAGCUCGGGCUCUCGGAGAUCUUACCGGAGUUAAGAAACAUUUCAGCCGGAAACAUGGUGAGAAGAAAUGGAAGUGCGAGAAGUGUUCGAAGAAGUACGCAGUUCAAUCGGAUUGGAAGGCUCAUAGCAAAAUCUGUGGUACCAGAGAGUACAAGUGUGAUUGCGGAACACUCUUUUCAAGGAAAGAUAGUUUCAUAACGCAUAGAGCAUUUUGUGAUGCUCUAACUGAAGAAAAUUCAAGAAUGGCUUCGUUUCCUAUGAUGUCAAGUACUGCAAAUCUCAACUUUCGAAACGAGUUGAUGAUGAUGAACGGUGGUGGUGGUGGUGGUGGCGUGGGUAUGAGAUUUCCGGGGAUGUAUGGUGGUGGGAUGUUAGAAAGUAAUCUUGAUGUUAAUGGAGCAAAACCCAGAUUACCAAUAUGGUUAGACCAACAUGGCAACGAACCCCAUCUUGAAAACCCUAGCACAUCGUCAUUUUUGGGGUCAUCAAGCUCGAACAACAACAAUGGUGGAAUGCUACCAUCGGAAAUGGUGCAGUGGUUGAAUGGAAGCCAAGAAGCUGUGGUGGCAGCGUAUUCUGGAUUGCAAUUGAAAGAGGAAGGAGAGAAUAAAGGAGAAAUGCAGAUGAAUGCUUUGUAUAACUACGAUACUUCCUCCACUCCACCACCACCUACUACCGCUCAUAUGUCCGCCACUGCACUAUUACAGAAGGCAGCUCAAAUGGGUUCGACAAGAAGUAGCAAUCCAGGGGAUAGCAACGGGUUCGGGCUCAUGAGCACAAGUCUCUCAAACUUCAAUUCUAUGAAACACGACAACAAUGACGAAUUGAUGAUGAUGAUGACAACGACAGGGACAAAACAAAGCAAAGGAAACGUUACAAAUGAGUCUCAUGAUGGGGAUCUGACUAGAGAUUUUCUUGGGGUAGGACGGAACGAAAGAAGAUCGUUCAAUUUGCAUCAAGAACUAUUCAAGUUCACUUCUUCAAUAGAUGAUUCAAGUAUAUGAAAAAGGUUAAUCAGAAUUAUGCAUGAAAUACACAUGAUAAUGUCAGGAAGAGAACGAGAAAGGGACAAAAGGAGUCACAAGAGGGGAAUAAUAUUGAUAGUACAAUGAGGUGGAAUAUGUUUGCAUAUGCAUGUGUUAUUGCAGCAGAAACAAAAUUUUCUUAAUUUUGUUUUAGGAAACCUAUCUCGGUCUUGCCUGUCUAUCCUCCUCGUGUACAACUUUUGAUGCAAAAUUUACUGUUCAGUGUGUGACUCUCUCUCUCUCUCUCUCUCUC